AGUCAGAGAAUUCUGGAAACAUGUCAAACUGUAUAAAAGGAAUGGGCUUCCUCCGUUGAAUUCAGUUUAGCGAAGCCGAAAUCGAAGAAAAGCCUGCCUGAAGGUUGAAGAAGCGAAACGGUGAAGCUCAUUUUUGGCACAUAUACCAAAAAUUAAGAUGUCUUCUGCAAAAGGAGUUUCAAUUGGGAUUGAUCUGGGAACCACCUACUCCUGUGUGGGAGUGUUUCAGCAUGGAAAGGUGGAAAUCAUUGCCAAUGACCAGGGCAACAGAACCACUCCCAGCUAUGUUGCCUUCACAGACACCGAGAGGCUCAUCGGAGAUGCUGCCAAGAACCAGGUGGCCAUGAACCCCAGCAACACAGUCUUUGAUGCCAAGCGGCUGAUUGGCAGAAAGUUUGAAGAGCCCGUGGUGCAGGCUGAUAUGAAGCAUUGGCCCUUCCGUGUGGUCAGUGAUGGGGGGAAGCCCAAAGUUCAAGUUGAAUACAAAGGAGAGAUGAAAGCAUUCUACCCUGAGGAAAUCUCUUCGAUGGUGCUGGUGAAAAUGAGAGAGAUCGCUGAAGCAUACCUGGGGAAGAGUGUGGCAAAUGCAGUCAUCACUGUGCCAGCAUAUUUCAACGACUCUCAACGCCAGGCCACCAAGGACGCGGGUGUGAUUGCAGGGCUGAACGUGCUGAGAAUCAUCAAUGAGCCCACAGCAGCUGCCAUCGCCUACGGCCUUGAUAAACGCAAGAAGGGGGAACACAACAUCCUCAUCUUUGACCUGGGAGGCGGCACUUUCGAUGUGUCUAUCCUCACUAUUGAGGAUGGGAUCUUUGAGGUGAAGUCCACAGCCGGUGACACCCACCUGGGUGGGGAAGACUUUGACAACCGCAUGGUCAACCACUUUGUGGAGGAAUUCAAGAGAAAGCACAAGAAAGACAUCAGCCAAAACAAGAGGGCAUUGAGGAGGCUGAGAACAGCCUGUGAGAGAGCCAAGAGAACCCUGUCAUCAAGCUCUCAGGCCAGCAUUGAGAUUGAUUCUCUCUAUGAAGGAAUUGACUUCUACACUUCCAUCACCAGGGCACGCUUUGAAGAGAUGAACUCUGACCUCUUCAGGGGCACACUAGAACCUGUUGAGAAAGCCCUUAGAGAUGCCAAAUUGGACAAGGGUCAAAUCCAGGAUAUUAUUCUGGUCGGAGGCUCCACCAGAAUUCCUAAGAUCCAGAAGCUCCUGCAGGAUUUCUUCAAUGACAAGGAGCUGAACAAGAGCAUCAACCCAGAUGAAGCAGUGGCCUAUGGGGCAGCCGUUCAAGCUGCCAUCCUCAUGGGAGACACUUCUGACAAUGUCCAGGACCUGCUGCUGCUGGAUGUGGCUCCGCUGUCUCUGGGCAUCGAGACGGCAGGAGGAGUCAUGUCUGCACUCAUCAAGCGCAACACAACCAUCCCCACCAAGCAGACCCAGACCUUCACCACGUAUGCUGACAACCAGCCUGGAGUGUUGAUCCAGGUGUAUGAAGGAGAACGGGCCAUGACCAAAGACAACAACCUGCUGGGAAAGUUUGAGCUCUGCGGUAUCCCUCCAGCCCCACGCGGGGUCCCGCAGAUCGAGGUCACCUUCGACAUUGACGCAAACGGCAUUCUGAAUGUGACAGCGGCCGACAAAAGCACAGGCAAAGUGAACAAGAUCACCAUCACAAACGACAAGGGUCGGCUGAGCAAAGAGGAAAUCGAGAGGAUGGUGCAGGAGGCUGAUGAGUACAAGGCCGAGGACGACCUCCAGCGAGAGAAGAUUGCCGCCAAAAACUCUCUGGAGUCCUACGCCUUCAACAUGAAGGCUACUGUGCAGGAUGACAAACUUAACGGCAAGAUUAGCGAGGAUGACAAGAAGAAGGUCCUUGAGAAGUGCAGCCAGACCAUUAGCUGGCUGGAGCAGAACCAGCUGGCCGAAAAGGAGGAAUAUGAACAUCAGCAAAAAGAGCUGGAGAAAGUGUGUAAGCCCAUUGUCACCAAGCUGUACCAGGGGGACGGGGGCACAGGGAGCGCUGGAGAGCAGAGGCAGUCUCGUACAAAGCCUGACAAUCAAGGACCUACCAUUGAGGAGGUGGAUUAAAGGUGCUGAACUGCUGAACACUGCUGUCUGCAGCACCUGCCCUGAAGAAAAUGUUUAACAUUUUUUGAUUAUUUUCAAAUUAUGUUUGUUGAAGUGCCUUUACUGUUAUUCACUUUCCAUGCUGGUCCAAAUUUUUACUUUAAAAACUUCAUCUUGCCACUUGUUUUAUCAUGCAAAGACAUGCUUCUUUCAUAAAAAAAAAAAACUUAAAAUAGCAUUUAGUAAUGUACAAUUUUUAAACAUUAAUGCAUGGAAGUGGAAAAUAGUAUGUGUUUGGUUUCAUUUUCAGUACUUGUUUGUAUUUACCUGUUCAUGAACUGGGCUUUGGACACUGGCAAUAAAUUAAUUUUAAAAUAAAA